AUGACCAAACUCACCCUAUUUUACCUUAUUGCGCUUUUUGGAACACAUAUAAUUAGUACUGCCAUCCCACAACCCAGAUUGAAAUCCCGGUCAUUAGAUGAUAGUGUUAUACUAGAGGGGCCACAACAAGAGCUCCGGGCGGGAAUUCCGUUAUCACGUCCCAGAAAGUCUCAAGAUGCUACUGAAUCGACGGACUUGUGCAAGGGAGUGCCCUCGGAAGGCUUACUUCCAACAAGUCGGCGUUCACAUGAAACUUCCUCCUCCUCCUCGUCUUCUUCCGAAGACUCAAGGGAUAGAGUUCUGGAUUACAACAGUGACGAGAAUGGUCCGAUGUCGAAAAAAAGGAAGACCUUGCAGAACUUCGAAGCACAUCUGGCCAAGAAUGAGUUGGAUACUCAUCAAGACAACAUGAAUGGAGUAUUAUCUGCGGCUGAGGCUUUUGUAGAGAGCAUGAAACUAGCGGCUUUGCAAGAGGAAGAAGAGAAGCUGGCGAAAUUUACAGAACAGGCAUUGGAUUUCAUGGGAUACCAUAUAGCAUGGGCGUUCGACAAUGGAUCGACACCAGAAUCUGUUCAAGAGCUAGGCCAUGCCUUGAUGGAACAAGUCAUGUACUCGGGUAUCCCCACGAAACAGUGGUCGAAAGUGUUCAAGUUUAUGAUUGAUCAACUCGACGACAACAAACCCGAGUUUGCUCACCUCACUCAUGCCUCACUUAGCGUCGAUAAUUAUCCCCCUCAUUUCCUUCGUUCGUCCGUAUUCUAUGAUGUCUCCGCUCAUCAUCCCGCCCAAGAUCGGCGACUCGAACUCGUCGGAUUUACCAAACAUUUUGAUCUUAUUGGCGUACUCGGUCCCCUUAGGCAAGAUCCUCAAGUUGUUCCCAGCUAUAUCUGGGGGAACAAACAUUCAGGGCUUUUGGAUUUCUUGGCAAGGAAUGGAUACAAAGGCUAG